AUGGCUCCUAAAUCUUUGAGAUCUAAUGCGGAACCAUUGGCCACUGCUGGUACCAACAAGAUCAAGAAGCGUAUAAGAGAUUUGGAGAGAUUAUUGGCUAGAAAAAGAGAUACUUUGCCGGACACCAUCUUAAUCGAAAAGGAAAGAUCGUUAGAUGCAUUAAGGCAUGAAUUGAACCAAGCUCACUUGAAACAAAAGAUUAGGAAGAAUGCUACGAAGUAUCAUAUGGUUAGAUUUUUUGAAAGGAAGAAGGCAUUAAGAAGGUAUAAACAGGCGCUAAAGAAAAAUGAUGCCGAUGAAAUUUUACAGAGUAAGAUUGAUUUAUGCUAUGUGGUUAAUUUUCCCAAAGGUGAGAAAUACGUGGCUAUUUUCCCUAAUAACGAAGGUGAUUCAACCAAGACUGGUCAAAGGCGAGAGUCGUUUAGAGCCAUUGUCGCCAAACAAUUAGAAAAUGGGACAUUGCCCGUAUCUUUGGAAGAUAUUCUACAGGGUAAAAGGUUGGGUAAUAAUGGUACUGGUGUUGCAUUCGAUGAAGAUUCAGAAGAUGAGAAAGAACCUCUGCCAAAGGCAGAAGAAGAGGAAGAAGAAGAGGACGAAUUUUUCGAAUAA